AUUGACUCGUAAGUGUUGAUAUGAGACACCAGAUGGCGCCGUUGAGCUAACCAAGCGUAACAUUAAACAGAAGAAGAAGAAGCGCGGAACAGGAAGCGUGCAUCCUUCCAACGUGCUCCUAGUGAAGCUGCCGUAGUUACUAUUAACGAUGAAGCACACCGAGGAAAGCCCACAGCGACCCUCCCUUUUUCUAGAAGUCUGCUGCCAAAACGAGGAGCCCCGUCUCCCGCUGCACACCUCCAUCGCCCUGUUUCUCCUGUCCUACUGCGAGUGCAAGUCCUUCAAAGUCUUCCUGGUCUUCGGCACACCUGGCGGCUCCCACGCCCUGAGGGGUCAGCUGCCAGCCGGGUUGGACGUGUGCGACCUGCGGCCGGAGGAUGUGCCCCGGCUGGUGAGGGGCUGCCGUCUCCCCGCGGUGCUGGAUGAGACCGGGAUGCUGUGCAGGGCGGGCCUGGCGGUGGUCCUGAGACACGUCAUCGACAAGACCACCGAGGCGGACCCUUCCAGAAAGAAUGUUCUGGCACUGCUGGGGUUCAAGAAGACCUGCCUGAAGGCCUGUGCGGAGGUGAGCAAGUGGACCAGACUGUGUGAAAUCGGAAUCCCCUCCGCAGUAGAAGAACACCUCAAAGAUCCCACUAACCCAGAUCAGCAGCUGCCUCUCGCCAUCCUCACCCUGGAGCGCAGGCGAGCGGAGCCGGUCAAAGUCCACAACGACGACAAGAUCCGGAGACAGAAACUCCAAGCGCAGAAAAGGAAUAAAAAGAAUCAAGGCAAAGGGAACCGAAACGCUCAGCCUGAGCCCGGACAAUCGCCUCAGGUCAGUGACGAGCACGAGCUCAGGACGGCUCUGGCCAAGCUCUCUGUGGAUCCAGUUCCAACAGCGGCCACCAGAGAGAACUCCGACAUCAGGAAAGUUAAAACCACGGACCUGCCUCCACUGGAGCAUGUGUUUGCAGAAGGACUGUACUUCACUCUGACCGACGUGGUGCUGCUGCCGUGCAUCUACCAGUACUUGUGUUCCCUCCAAGCUCACGCUGCGAGCUCUCUCCAUCAGCUCCCCCACCUGCUGCGUUGGUACAGCCGUGUUCAGGAGGUACCCGGGGUCCUUAGGGCUGCCAAGGAAUGUGGGAUGGAUCUGUCCAUCCCCCGAGUGCUCAUGUCCGGCCUCCCGGCGCCCUCAGCAGAAGACAUCCCACCUAGCCCGUCGGAGCCAGAAGAAGGGAAGGAGACGACCCUGCAGCUCCGCUUUGUCGGCGGCCCGAGGCCCACAAUGACAAAGCUUCAAGAGAGUGGCAUUGAGGCAGAGUUCACGCCUCAUCCCUGCCCUGACUGGACACUCCCUUGGGACAGCUUACCGGGAGCCAUCAGCCCCACUGAAGGGAAUGUGUCGAACAUCCGUGUGGUCCGGAAGCGGCAACAGCUGAACAACUUGGUUGCCAUGGUUACGGAGCUGGCCAGGCCAGGGCACACCGUUGUGGAUUUCUGCAGUGGAACGGGCCAUUUAGGGAUUGCUUUGGCUCACACACUUCCGGAUUGCCAGGUCAUCCUCAUAGAGAACAAAGAGGAGUCAUUGCUCCGGGCUCAGAAUCGUAGCGCUGAGCUUGGCCUUAAAAACAUCGGCUUCGUUCAGGCUAAUUUGGACUACUUCACCGGACCGUUUCACAUUGGGGUUGCCCUCCAUGCAUGUGGCGUCGCAACCGACAUGGUGAUGGAGCAUUGCAUCCAGGCGCGAGCCGCCUUUGUCAUCAGCCCGUGUUGCUACGGCUUCAUCCAAAACGCAAUCAAGUUCACCUUCCCCAAAAGCAAAAGGUUCCAAGAGACUCUGACAUACAAGGAACACAUGAUCCUUUGUCGCUUCGCGGACCAAACCGCUGUCCAGCUCCCUCCUGAGAAGCGACUCAUUGGUAAACAGUGUAUGGGCCUGGUGGACUUGGACCGCUCUUGGGUAGCACAGACUCACGGCUACUCUGUGCAGGUGAUGACCAUGGAGCCUGAAAGCUGCUCGCCAAAGAACAACCUGCUGGUGGGAAAGCUGCCGUGCGGGAGCGGACUGGAGGUCGAUGCUGCACAACAAGAGGCCCCGGCGCAUAAUUAGCGCUCUGAGAAGUUGUGGGGUCAGGAUUUUACAAAGUGCACAGCCUCCGCUUGUGUAAUCAUGGUGCUGAGAAUUUUUUAUCCACCCUUGAUUUUUUUUUUUUUUUUUUAUGUUUUAACAAGCCAAGGAAAAUAAACGAGAUGUUAGCUCAUUAUUUCUGGUCUAGCUGGCCUCAAAAAUCACUUUUUAAGAAGGAUGUUAACGGCGAUGUGUGUUUUGAUGCGAUAAAUUAAUUGCGAUCUGAAAAUGACUCGUGUACCUUCUUAAAUUCACUCAAUUGUUGGACGCUUGGAAAAUUAAAAGUUUGAGCCACAA